AUGCAAAAUCUACAUCUAAAAAAGUCAGGGGAGAAGAAAGAGCCUCAAGACUUUGGCGAGCCAGGUUACAGAGUUAUGGAAAAAGGAGAGCUUGAAAAAAAAGAACAUCAUAAUAGAUGGCUGAAGCAUUCGGAACAUGCCAGAGAAAAAGAGAGAAGUGAUUAUGAUGGUGCAAAAUCAGGAGAGGAGAAUGCUCCUGAAAGCAAAGUGUCUGACGAAAUGGAACAUUCCAAGAACCACAAAUGGUUGCCCAAAUUUAGGGGACACACCAAAGGAGGAGGGGAGAGAGUUGCUGGUGAUUCAAAAUCCAAAUCCGUGGAAGGAGGAAAUUACAAAGUUCCAAAUACCGUUAGCAAUUUCAAAACUAAUACUAUUACAGGACCAACAUCAGCAGCGGCGGCGGAAGCAGCAGCAACAACUACCAGUAUAGGUGUGGGGUCCAUAUCGAAAGACAUGAACCAAUACCCAAGCCACGAGCCUAUGGGAUAUAAAGGUUCAUCUCAGCCUCAACCAAACAUUGGAGUCAACAAAAAUGCUAAUGGAUCAAAUAAAUUCGGAAACACGAAAUCUGGCAUAUAUGCUAGUGCUUGUGAUUCAACAGAAGAAAAUCCGGAAUUUGUUACUAUGGCAUCUGGGUUUGAACCCAAGUGGCAUGGUGAGCGAAGACAAUCAUUUAGCGAUGAUGUGAUAAUAAACAGUAUGAAUAAGGCGGAAGAAAUAGGAAAAGAGGGAGCUGUAACUGGCAACCUUAACAAAUCUGACAAAUAUUUGAAGGCCAUGUCGUACCCCUCUGUGGUAAAUGUUGGUAGUGGAGGAUUAGCUGGAGGAGGGAAUACGACAAAUUUUUCAAGCAACAGCCUUGAUACAUACGAUGCUGCCAAGGGUCACACGCACGAUGAUUUCCCCAAAGUCACUAGUGACGUGGGACCACUGCAGGGACCUAGUAACAUUAAUGAUCAAAAACCCACUGGAAACCUGACAUUAAGUGAUAAAAGAGGAAUCUUGACAGGCAUCGCGGCAGCCGCAGGGACAGUGAUUGGUGCGGCAGAACAUGCCCUUGGGUUUGGGGUUGAACCUCAUGGCAUUAAUGAGUAUGAGGCUUCGGGGUACAAAGGUAUUGAUGAAAUUGGCGAUAUUGAUAAAAGAAAUUCUUAUGGCAUGGAUAAAAAUAUUCUUGGUAAACAUAGUGACGCGGUGGAUGCUGGCCAAGAUCAAUCCAAAACCAUAUCUGAUUGUAGCAUGGACCCUCACGAACUUCCAAAACAUACAAGGGAGACCAGUAGUGUUUAUGAUGAUUAUGUCGAUGAGGGCAAUACCAGCUUUGAGCAGCUACCUGGAAAACAUCCCGACUUUAUUAAGCAACAACAAAAUCAGGAUACCGUGAAUCCUAAUCCCAAAGAAGUACGCGAUCCUCAAAAACCUCUCCAAAAAGAACCUCAAAUGACUGAAUCGGCCACGGAGACCGCUAGUAGGGGAUUAGCCGGAAAUUACAAGGAAGAAGGAAAUUUGGGUAGUAGCGCUGCCGCAUCGCCAACCGCUGAACAUUCUGUCGGCGGUGUACAUAUUGAUUAUGAUCCUAACAGAGCCAUUGACAAUGUCAUCGAUGCUCCAAAUUUCAAUACAGAAUAUUUAGUUGGUGGCAGCAAAUUUGAAGCAGGCACCAUUCCACCAAGGAAGGAUACACAGAGUUAUGAUAACAUCAAGCCAAUUGCUGUCGCCGGAACACUUGGAGCUGCUGGUGUAGCUGCAUACGAAACCAUUAGAAGCCAAGACAAAACUCAUGAUACAUUGGUUGAGACUGCCACCACUAAUACAUCAACUACCCCUCAGACUUGUCACCCACCAGAAUUUGUGCAAAGCAAAGGCGCAGUUGGAACCACUACUGGCGGUACUAUUGAUGAUAUGAAAAGUGCUCACGGUCACGGACGCUCUCAUAGCGUUGAUGGAUCGGAGAAUGCGUUAUCAGAUACAAACCGGAUGAGCGAUAUGAAGCGCUCGAAUACAUAUGGUGAAAAGGGUGCUUUAAAGAAGCCAACCCAAGUUUUAGGGGCUUUCAAGGAACUGAGAGAGAAGAAAAAGGGCAAAAAGCAAGAACCAAAGUCUUCUAUUGUUACUGCUCAAGAUGAAAGCAACCAACCUGACAAGGAAUCACUGAAGCCUGCUUUGGGUCCAAAUAUGAGGGAUGGAAGGUACUUGGAUGAUAAAACCAGCACCAGGUCUUUAGCUUCCAGGGAAUUGAUUGAUUAUUCCAAGCUCUCGGGUACAGCGAACUAUGAUAAGGGUGGCGAUUUGCAACAUCAAAUUAAUUCAAGUGAUGGUAAAUAUGAGGCUGAUGGGCACACAGAUAAUUCGAGAGACAAAGCUGAUGAAAUGGUUAGUUUGGCGCCUAAUUUUAAAGAAGAUACAUCUCUUCAUAAAUCCAUCGCUUUUUACAGUGGGCCUGAAGAAGCAAACAAAGUGAAUGCCUCAACUGUUGAUAACAGUAGUGUUGGUAGAGAAGCAGCCACUUCAGCGUUUGGUGUCAAAACAUUGGAUCCGAGAGUACUUGAGCAACAACUGAGUUCCAAAAGCAUGAACAUCCAGCAACAAAAGGAUCAGUAUCCAUCACUAAUCCAAAAAUCUGGUGCCAAUAGCGACAGUAAUGGCUUUGUUGAACAAAAACGGGACAAUGUGGUUGCUGGUACUGGUACCGGAGGACUAAAAGAGGUUCAGCACGACGUGGGGGAAGUAGGAACUGCUAAAGUUAGUGAUGGCAAUAGUAAUGGCGAGACGAGCCAUCAUAAUGAGAAGCGCCAUGAAAUUAAAAGCCAAAACAAAGGAUUUUUCAGCUCUAUUAUCAGUGCGUUGAGCGGCGGAGCGCAUCAUCAAAGAAGCACCCAUGAUAAUGCCAGUAAGACUUCCAAGAGACAUAGCGUCGGUGAUAACAGCGGAAAAGGUCGUAAAACUUCUGGUAGCUUGAGUGACGAGGCCUAUGAAGGCAACAGUCGAGGUGGGGAUUACACGUACCAACCAGAACCAAAUGCGAACAUUGGUGGUAAGGGUGGUAAAGACUCUGUUCCUAGAGCUCCUGGUGGGUUUGCAAAUGAGCAGUACGGAGUUCCAGAGGGCAUGCUUCCAGUGGGACACAAUGUUGAACCAAAGCCAGGCGAAGAGUUGUGGCAGGAUACAUUGACUGGCCAGAGGUACAUUGCGAAAAUUUAG